AUGGAUCAACAACAUAUGGGUGAUUCAAGCAUGGCUCAGCUCCUCGAAAGCAGCAGACAAGUCUCACGCCUGACAACAUUCGAAUCAUUGCCAAUCUUAUCCUGCCUUCUCCUGAUAUCUGCUGCUAUCAUAGUGUGGAAAAUAUGGCAAAAUGCGCUCGAUCCCAGAGAGCCUCGACUGGCUCCGGCCAGUGUUCCAAUCAUUGGACAUAUUGUGGGCUUUGCCAUGCAUAGCUUGCAGUAUCUCAAUAUCCUUCGUACAAGGACGGGUCUUGGAGCAUACACAAUGCGCAUCGGGACAUACAAGCUGUAUGUCAUCUGCUCCCCGACCCUAGCACAAGCAGCACUACGAUCUCCGGACCUUUCGGCGGACCUCUUAGUCCCAAAGGCAGCGCCUCAGCUCAUGAAUCUCAGCCCGCACGUCACCAAGAUCUUAAAGCAGGGAGACUUUGCACGCAACAAUCAUACAGCCUUCACAGAGAAGCUCUCAUUGAACCCAAGCUUGAGCAAGACCGAAAGGGCAAUCCUGGACGGCAUAGCGACCCUCCUCAACGAUUUGAGAAAUGUCACAGAGGUUCCAGACCUGCUGAGAUGGCUUUCCAGCGGCAUGGUGCUUAAUAACAGCACAGCACUCUAUGGGACUGGAAACCCAGUCGCAGAGAAUCCAAAGUUGAUCGAAGACAUGUGGUAA